AUGCCCAAAGAAGGGCAGAAUCCAGAGGCGGGCGAGGGGCCGCGGGGCUUUGAGUGCGCGCCGGGGGGUGGACGAGGAGGAGCCGGCCCGGGAGUCCUGGCCGCGGCCCCGGGCUCCGCCCGCCGGGGGGCGCGUGCGCGAUGCGCCCCAGCCCGGGCCGCCGCCGCCGCCGCCGCCGCCGCGAUGCCUAUUUUAGUCAAAGCCGCUGCGGGCUCCGGGACCCGGCACCAGCCCGGGCGACUCGAGCCCCGCGGGCCCGCCGAGUGGGGUGCCCGUCGCGCCGUCGAGUCCGCGUCCUCUGAGCGCAAGCGGCUGCCACCCCAAACUUUGGCCCGGCGGCCCGGGCUCGGCGCCUGGGACAAGCCAGCCUCGAGCUCUCCCGGGCUAAAUCGGGAAGCCCAAGUUGGAUCCCAGCUCCACUCGGAACAACUUUGCGGGCUCCGGAGUCGGCCGCCCGGCGCCCCUGCUGCAGCUGCGCCUUCGCGCGGGCCUCGCCCUCGCCAGGGGGGUUCCCUGUCCUUGGAAGCCGCCCUCCUCCCCGGGUCUGCGCUGGAGGACCCUCAGGUGUGGGCCGCCACAAUUCGGACAAGGCAGCGCCAGUGGCGUCGUCCCCACCCCCGUGCCCCCACCCACCCCCACUUCCCCCGGGAGCCCGGCCCCGAACGGGUGUCCUUUCCCGCGCUCUACCUCCGAGAAGCCCUUGAUGAGCUCCUCCGGCUCUUCGCUCCCCACGGGGCUGCAGGAGUGUCCAGCACCCCUCCCAAACCAGAACCCGCGACGGUGCCUCCUCGCCUCCCCCCCCCCCCCCCACCAGGGCUGCACUCAAUCGGGUGCACGGUGUCACCCACCGCUUCCCGCUCCUGGGAUUGCGAGACGGGCGCUGCGCUCGCGGCUCACCCUUCUGGGUCUAGAACCGUGGACACGGACCGUCCCCGAAGGAGCCAGGUGAGCGGGGCUUCCCGGGAAGCGCGGAUGAUGGGGACUCUGCCAUCCUCGCCCCCCACCCGAGAGACCUAG